AGAACUUUGGGAAGAAGCCAGAAAGAGGGAGUGACUCAAAAGAAAGAAAAAGCAAAGAUGAUCCACCAAUUUGCUUUGAGUGCAAGAAGCCCGGACAUAUGAAGAUGGAUUGUCCAAUGAGAAAGAAGAACAAAUACAAAGGAAGGGCAAUGUUGGCGGAUUGGCUCAAUAGUGACGAAGAGGACUCCGAAGAAGAAGGAAAGAAUGAAGUGGCAAACAUGUGCAUGAUGGCACUUGAUGAUGGGGUAAGCAUUUCUAACCAAAAUGAUUGUGAUAGCGAAAAUGAUGAUGAUAACUUAGAUAUGUCAUAUGAUGAGUUGUCUAAUUCAUUUAAGGAACUAUUUGAUGAUUUUGGUAAAUUGCUUGUUAAAAACCAAACCCUUAGAGAGAAGACCAACAUGCUUUUAAAAGAAAUUGAGAUUUUGAAAAUAAAUGAAAAAGAACUUAUAGCUUAAAUCUCAAUGUGC